UAUUCAGUCACAUAUCACUAGCAUAAUUAAUAUAAGUGACAUGCCUUAAAAAAGGAGAGUCAUUAUCUAUUGUAACUUUAGAAAAUUGGUUGCUCACAUCUGAGAGAAUUAGAUUACUUCCAAGAUUUAAAGAAUCGGAGUGGGAAUUCGACAUUCCUGUAGUAAGAAAGAUACUGUGGAGAACUUAAGAAUGUUGUUAAUCUCAAAAGGUUUAAAAACAGUAGAACAAGUCUCUCUCCAAAUCUUUAAAAGAAAUCCAGCAAGUUCAAAACAUUCAAAUGGGGGAAACUAUAAAAUUGUCGACAGGCGGAACUCCGUUGAGUCUACAGAUAGGAAAGAAGAAGACAAUGAAAACAAUAUCAAGUCAAACUUUCUAUAAUAUAAAAAGAAAGCACGAUCUAUCAGAUUCUACAAUAAAUUGAAUUGCAAUGGAUUGCAGAAAAGAUUUGGGUAGAUUGGGGGUGGAAGCUAACUCUUCAAAGAAAAUAAAGAUAUGGUCGUGUAGUCUUGAUGAUUAUUACGCAAUAGAAAAAGUGGAGUUUACAGCUAAGAAAAAGGUUGGAAAUAAAAACAUCCUACACACUGUAAUUAAAGAUUUAGUGUAUGUGAAAGAUUCCAAAUCACUUGUUGAACAUAUUUGCACUGUUAGGGGACUAGCAAUAGAUAAAGUUAUUAUUCGUGUUGGAAUAGAUGAUGGUCAAGGAUCCUUAAAAUUUGUAAUGAAUGUUUUUAAUAUAGAAACAGAUAUUGACUGUCGAGAAAACAAAAAUACUGGUGUUAAUAAAGUUCUGGUAUUGGCAUUUGUCAAAAAUGUUACUGAAAAUCAUGCGAACCUUCAGAUAAUUAUCGAGAAAAUAAUGCUCAACAGACUUAAGUUCUACUUAGUUCUAUCUUAAACUGCUAAAUAUAAUAUUAGGCUUAUCAGGACAUGGAGGUAAAUACUCUUGUUUAUAUUGCAAUAGUGAUAAGUCAAAUUUGGGAGAAUUGAGAACUUUCAAAAAGUUAAAGUUGCUGUAUGGAAGUUUUGCUGAAAAUGGAUCUAAGAAAAGUUCUAUGCAGAUCUAAAAAAAUGUAAUACAUCCAUGUCUGCUUGAUGUAGCUGAAGAUACACAUGUACUUGAUGUAGUUCCUCCACCAGAACUUCAUUUGCUGAUGAAGAUUGUUACAGAGAUUUCUAAUGUUUUAUGUAAAGAACCAGAAAUUGCUGCAUGGCUAAGUAACCAUGGGAUAAUUUGGCAUGGAUAUAAUGGAGGUGGGUUAGAUGGUAGAAAUGCUAACAAAAUUCGGAAGCUAUUGCCUGAUUUGGAACAACAUAUUUUUGACCAUUAUCCUUUUUAUCAUCCAGUUGUUGAACUGUUAAAAUCGUUUUCUAUAGUUGUCGAUAAGUGCUUUGGUAUGAAACUUCAUGAGGGUUAUGCAGGUGCCAUUGCAAUGUAUGUUAAGAAGUUAAAGGAAACUGAAAUUUAUGUUAAAGUUAACUUUAACCACAAUCUCUCAAUGGGGUGGAAAGGUCAUAUUAUUGAACACCACCUUGUUAUUUUCUUAAACAAUAUUAGAAUGCCUCUAGGUGUAUUUGCUGAGCAAUGUUCCAAAUCUGUUCAUCACAACAUGCUUAAAACUUUGAGUAGAUUCGCAACAUCUGAAUCCAGAUCAAACCAUGGAGAACUACUGAGAAGAGCGGUGUUAGAAUAUUCAAGCAAUAGAGUGUAGAUGAUUUGAUAUAAAUCAAUCAUUGGAUUUUCUUAUUAUAAUACGAUUACUUAUCUUUUAUGUAAUAUUGUAUAUGUCUUGUAAAUUAUACUUUUUGUAUUAUAUUUUGUAUAUUUGUUAUUUUAAUACUCCAUAAAUUCAUUUCUAAA